AUGUACUCAUUCAACACCGUCGCUCUCGUUGCCCUUGCUGGUUUCGCUGCCGUUGAGGCCGUCAUUGUCUCUCCUGCUCCUCAGCCUACCGGCGUCAAGAACGGCACCGUCACCACCACCAGUGUGUACGAUGUCUACACCACUGUCUGCACUGGUCCUACCAGCUUCCACCUCGGAGGCAAGGACUACGUCGUCACUGAGCCUUGCACUCUGACCAUCACUGACUGCCCUUGCACCGUCACUGAGACUCACCCCGCUGGCCCUACUUGGAUCCCUGGCAAGCCCGCCAAGACCACCGGUCCCCAGGCUCCUGUGUCUACCAAGCCCGCCAAGGGUACGGAUGUCCCCAAGACUCCCGUCGUCGUUGCCGGCGCCGGUGCUGUCCAGGUCGGUCUCGGCCUGGCUGCCAUGCUCGGCCUCAUUGCUCUUCUCAAAGAGCGAUCAGUCACACGCCAUCUGCUCGUCAGCUUGCAAACCUCCAUCUGGGACUGGCCGAUCUUUACGGCUCACAACGCUAUGAUUCUCUACGAGCACUCAACGAAAACUUCGCUUCGCUUCUCAUCACCAACGUAUUAA